AUGGAAGCAAUGUCAAGUUAUGCACGCAUGAAGGGAAUGGCUUGCAAGAUGGAGCAAUUGCGACGAAUGCUGAGGUAUUUCAAAGAUAUCAUUAACUAUGGUCUCUUAUAUAAGAAAAGAGAAGAAGUUAAGAUAGUUGGAUACUGCGAUGUUGAUUAUGCUGGAGAUCAUGAUACUCGUCGAUCAACAACUGAAUAUGUAUUCAAGCUUGGAUCUGGAGUUGUUUCUUGCUGUAGCAAAAGGCAACCAACGCCUGCUAUUCAUCUAGCAGAAAAUCCAGUUUUUCAUGCUCGAACAAAGCAUGUGGAGGUGCACUAUCAUUUUUCUGAGAGAAAAUGUAUUGCAAGAGGAGCUAGAGAUGCACCAAGUGAAGAGUGA